GUUUCCAAUAUGGCCGACCAAGAUUUGACUUCUAAAAUUGGGUGUUAUUUAGACCGGCAUUUAGUCUUCCCUUUGAUGGAAUUCUUGUCCGUUAAAGAGGUAUAUGCCGAGACUGAAGUGCUUCAAGGAAUUCUUGAACUUCUUAAUAACACAAAAAUGGUGGAUCUGGCUAUGGAUGUGUUUAAAAAAAUUCACCCAGACGAAGAAAUUCCUGAAGAAUUAAUCGAGAAACGAGCUGAAGUUGUGGACGAACUGAAGAAAUUGGAAGAGAAAUCUGAGCCAGUCACGAAAUUGUUUCAAGAUGAAGAGUUUCUCGAGAAAGCACAGACUAGCAGGGAUGGAAAACAUUUAUUUGAUUAUAUACAAAACGAGAAGGGAGUGGAAUAUGAAACUGUUGAGAACCUUUAUCACUAUUCGAAAUUUCAAUACGAAUGUGGAAAUUAUCAAAGUGCUGCGGAUAACCUGUAUUUUUAUAGAGUUCUGGCUCAUCCGGCUGAACCAAAGACUGUUGAUGCCCUGUGGGGAAAACUUGCUUCAGAAAUAUUGAUGCAAAAUUGGGAUGCUGCUCUGGCUGACCUGGAUAUACUUAAAGACGUUGUUGAUCAAAAUCAUUACCCAGAACUACAACAGCUCCAGCUAAGAACAUGGUUAAUUCACUGGAGUCUUUUUGAUUUCAACCACCAAGGAAGAGAUCUCUUGAUUGACUUGUUUUAUAUCAAUCCUAAAUAUCUUAACGCCAUCCAAACAAUGUGCCCGCAUAUCCUGCGCUACUUAACAACAGCUGUAAUCACCACUAAAAGACGUCGUGUUGUUCUAAAGGAUCUAGUCAAAGUUAUUGAACAGGAAUCUUACACAUACAAAGAUCCAAUAACGGAGUUCCUGCAAUGUCUAUAUGUCGACUUUGAUUUUGAUGGAGCCCAGAAGAAGCUCAGAGAAUGUGAAGCAGUGCUUAAGAAUGAUUUCUUUCUUUGUGGUUGUAUCGACGAAUUCCAGGAGAAUGCUCGUCUCUUUAUCUUCGAAACUUUCUGCAGGAUUCAUCAAUGCAUCAGCAUUAAGAUGUUAGCAGAGAAACUAGACAUGUCCCCUGAGGACGCUGAACGAUGGAUUGUCAACUUAAUUAGAAAUGCAAGAUUGGACGCAAAGAUCGACUCUGAGAAGGGUCACGUGGUAAUGGGUACCCAGGCCUCCUCGGUCUACCAACAAGUUAUGGAGAAAACAAAAGGUCUCCUGUUCAAAUGCCAAGUCUUAGAACAAAACUACGAAAAGAAGAAAAAGGCGGGAAAUAAUGAUAACUACGGAAGUAAAGGUGGUUGGUCGAAUACUUACGAUACAGCUUAUAUGAAGAAUCGUGAAAAAUUAAACUAAUUUAACGCUAACUUCUAAUAAAAAACUGAGAGAAAUCUAUGUAUGAAAUACACUUUUAGAAAUCUCGCUAAUAAGUGGUUGCACUGGAGAAAUAAAUUGAUAAAACCUGCA